CGAUAAGGACAACGAGGCUCAAUUAUUCGACCCUAGCCGAUUCUGGCCAGCGCCGCUUGCUGUCAGUCCCUCUCAACCGCAUAUUGCAGUUGUGCAUCAGUCCAGGGGAUGGCCACAUGAAAAGCACCGUGACCGCAACACAACACCGCCGUUGAAACAUGGAGAAAUUCACUCAGUUCCGAGAUCGAGGGUCGGGAAUUGCACCUUUCCUUCCUAUUCCACCGCAACCGGCCGGCUUUCAGUUGCCUUUGCGCGUCUUCCUCUUCUUUUUCCGUCUUCCGCUGUUUCUCUUCGUUUGUGUUAGCUACUUCCUCGUGCUACAAUGGCUUCCGAUUGGAUCGCUAGGGAAGAAGGCAUCCCUGUGGUGUAUUCUCGGGGUGCCCAGCAUAUGGUGGAUUGAUCUUCAAGUGGACGGUGUGAGGAAAGGAUCCUUAUCGAAGCAACACCAAGCGCGUCUUCCAGGCCCAGGUUCCGUCAUUGCCUCCUCGUUUACAUCUCCCAUCGAUGCAGUCUACCUGGCUGCCAUAUUCGACCCGGUCUUCACCGCUUCCUACCCGAACUCGCGAAAGGUCGAACAGAUAUCCCUCUUCCAAGCAAUUCUGCGCGCAUUUGCCACUCCGCACACCAGCCCGCCCCUGAAAGCGCGCUUGGUGGAUCUGGCGACCUUAGUUAAGAAAUACCCUGGGCGACCUAUCGUCACGUUCCCCGAAUGCACGACCACCAACGCCCGGGGCAUCCUGCCUCCCAGUCCCUCGCUGCUGAGCGUGGCCCCCAAGACUAAGAUCUAUCCGGUCAGUCUGCGGUAUACCCCGGCGGAUGUUGUGACGCCACUUCCCGGAAGCUAUGUGAGUUUCUUAUGGACGCUGCUCAGCAAACCCACGCACUGUAUCCGGGUGCGCAUUGCCGAGGGGGUGGUGAGUGGACUUGAUGCAGAGGGCGGUCCCACUACCCGAAAAUCUACGUAUGAUACCAACUACUUGGAUACCCUGGACAAGGAUAGUGCGUAUGAAUCCCUGGAUACGGAGGAUGCGGAGUUGACGCGGGCUGAGAAGGCCCUGUUGGACAAUGUGGCAGAUUCUCUGGCGCGUCUGGGGAGGGUCAAGCGGGUUGGGUUGGGGCUUUCGGAGAAGAAAGAUUUUGUCCGAAUGUGGACGAAGACACGACGGACAUGGUAA